AUGAAGGCUUCCGUGCUGCUGACGGCCACCGUCCUCUUGCUGGCCAUGGCUGUUCAUGGCAAAGGCGACGGCGGGUGCAUCCGGCGGGCGGCCGCCACCAUCGCUCCCCAGCCCCCGAAGCUGGAUGUAGUCCUGAGCAAGCACGUGAGGGUACUGGUGACGAGGCCCAGUGUGUCGAGGAGCCGAAAGGAGAAGGAGGAGACGGAGGAGGUGCUGGUCGUGGAGAUGGGCUUCGGACCCGACGUCCACCAGAUAUCCUUCCUCCACGUGUGGCUGAACUUGCGCGAGGGCGAAGAGAAAACGCUAUUCGAAAAUGCACCGGUUGAGCCAAGGUACGCGGGCCAUUACGUGGUGCACAGAGAGGACAUCGUCGCCGGGCAAGACAAGGCGGCGCGCAAGUUCCCCAUCGGCGGCAACCUGGAAGCCAUUGGAGCCGACGGCAACAGGACGGUCAUGGUGUCGAUCGCUCCUUAUGUUUCCGCUGGGAAGAAAGGGCCUUAUUGGUACGAGCGGCAGACGUUAUUUGUCCGUGCUGUCUACAUUGUAUACGAGCCUAAGCAGCAUGUUACCCACCGCGAUGGUGGAGAGGGUACAUGGGUGCUCGUCGGUGAUGGACAUGAGGCGCGGAUCAGAGGGCUGGCAGAAGGUGGUGGCGUACUGGUGGAGGAUGUGGCUCGGGAAGGACAGGCAGUGUGUGCUGAAGAAUGGCUGCGGAGACUGCCUAGGACCCUGGACAAGACCCCUCCCGACCACCUUGUACAAGACCCUGAGGCUGAAGCUGACGAGGCCUAA